AUGGUUUCAACUACUGACUGCACCCAGAUACUUGAGGUGGUGAAAACGAAACUUGAUUCAACCAUGCCGUUGAUAGGGCAAUAUAUUGCAGUAGCUACCUUCACCUGCGUGAUGGCUAUCUUUCAUGAUUUCCUAAACUCAUGUAUGGACAAAAGGUAUUGGCAAAAGUGUAAGCUCUUCUCCCUCAACGCUUUCUCGUUGACAGUAUUAGCUGUGGCCAUGAAGCUGCCUGUAGAUCUAACAUUCACAGACAUUACAGACUAUGAUCAAUUUGCACGGGUUUGCAGCCUUGCUUUCAUGUCUAUUUGUAUCAAUUAUUUCAUGAUAUCUUUGGGGUCCAUGGAGGAUAAUGAAAUUGCAGCCAACAUAGCAGCUUUAGGCCUCCUAGUUAUUACUAUCACGGUAAAUGUAUGCAUUCAUAUUGUUCAGAUGGUUCCUUCCAUUCCAGGUGUGCGUUAUAUGUUACCCCAACAAAUCUUAUCUCUUGCCAUCAUGCUCCUAUCCCUUGCAAUGUCAUGUUCUAUGUCGUUGAUGGUACCAAGCGCCAAAAGAUACAUAGAGUUGAAAUAUAACGAGAAGCACAGAUUGGUUUUAACCAGACAAGUAAAUGAGUGUAGACAAGUAAAUGAGAGUAUUGAUGAAGUUGAAAUGUUGGUGAAAGGGUAUUGGGUGAUGGCAGAGACUGCUAGCCUACAGUUUGUGCUGUAUGCCAACAACUAUAGCUCCUCCUUAAGCGAUAUUGUAUUAUAUCAAUUUAUUGGAGUGAUCGUUGGAAGCAUUGGCCCUUUAUCCAGAUGGUUCACUGCUUGGACCAUCAAGGUUACUGAGACGGAGCAGAAGAGCUUCAGAGAUGAAAUCAAGAUUCUCCUUGUUUCAGCUGGAAAAGUGGUUCUGUUACUCUCUGUUAUAUUUUGGAGAGAAGGUUGCUUUCGGUUUUGCAAGAAUUUGAGAGAGGGAGGAACCGAAUCUUCAAGGGAUGGGGAUUUUAGCCAAUAUGUCAUUCUACUUGAAGGUGAGUCACAAUUGCCUGAUAAAAUGGUCAAGCGCAUCUGCAGGAUGGCGGAUAGAAUGAUACGGGAUGGCGAAAAACACCAACCUAAGAGUCUGAUCCGACUUGUGAGGAAAUCUACAAACUUCAGUGGGGUGGUACAAUUUGACAAUAAUCAGGAGGUUCCAAGCUUGUGUUCUCAAGAACCUCCAAAUUGCUGGUCUCUACCGCUCGUCACUUUGACGAUUAUUGCACUUGCACUUACCAACACUAGAGAUGAUGAGGCUAACCAGCUAUUGGCUAGUGUUACAGAGGGCUUGUCAAUUGUGAAGCUUAUCGAGAAAACUCUAGACAAAAAUGGGGAGUUGGAGAGCAUCAUAAAAGCAGUAGAUGCCAUUUGGAUUGGAGUUGAGGUAUACAAAAAGUGGGAUGGUAAAGAUCUUGACAGCAUGAGUGUGAGAGGCGCAACGCACAAGGAAACACUGCAAAACCUUUCUGAUGUUGCAAAACAGAUUGUGACAAAAUUCGUGGCUCAACCAAUGCAUGACCCUCUAAAAUGGCCUUCUAGAGUCAUAGCUGCUAACUCAAUGUACAGGAUAACUCAGUCGAUCUUGGUAAGGGUGGAAAAUGGCGAGCACCAAAGUGAUGACGAACUAUUUGGGAGUAUAUCCAUCACCAUUGCGGAUAUACUAUCAGCGUGCCUCACCAAUCUACUGCGAGUCAUAAGACUCAAGUGCCAUGAAAACGACUUCAGAAAAAGGCAUGACAGUGUGGGGCGAGCAGCUCGUCUUCUUGGUGAGAGUAAGGAGAUUCUUGAAAUUCUGCAGCAGCGUGAGCUUCCACGUUUGGAUGUAGAGAAAGCCGGUAAUAUUGAUGAGUGGAGGGCAUCCAUGGCGCCAGAUAUUGAAAAUCCUAUGGCAUCUCCUUCAACAUCGAGUGACAAUGCAACAUCUCCUUUGGCACCUCCUUCAACAUCAAGUGAAAAUGCAAUAUCUCCUUUGGCACCUCCUUCAACAUCAGCUGACAAUGCAACAUCUCCUUUGGCAUCUCCUUCAGCAUCAAGUGAGAAUGCAACAUCUCCUUUAAAACCUCCUUCAACAUCAGGUGACACUGCAAUAUCUCCUUUGGCAUCUCCUUCAGCAUCAAGUGACAAUGCAACAAUAGUGGGGUAG